AUGGUCUUUGAUAGCUCUGCUCGAAUGAAUGCAACAAAUAAUAAUAAUACAGCAACAUUACAAAUCGACUGGCCUGAAAGUUAUGCCUUAAAACAAGCAAGAGAAGAAAAAUCUGCAUAUUAUUACGAACAAAAGAUUUCAUUGGGAACAGGAUAUGUUUGGAGUCAAAAAGAAUCAUAUGGAUUCGGGUGUUUAUCUGAUGACUGUAAUCAUAUGGGUGAGGCGGCAUGGGCAUCUCUUCUACCAUUAUUAAAAACAUUGGUGAAUAAACAUGACAUAAAAUAUUUGAAUAUUAUUAGCGAUAGUCCUGUCAGCCAAUAUAGAAACAAAACAAUCAUGUUUCUAGUAGCACAAUUUGCAAAACAAAAUAGAGUUGAAAUAAAAUGGAUUUAUCUAGAAUCAGGACAUGGAAAAGGAGCAGCAGAUGCUGUUAGAGCAGCCAUUAAGCGCGCCAUGAAUGAAGCAGUCUCUUUUAACCCAGAUGCGCCAUUUGCAAAUGCAAAAGACUUGUUAGACAAAAAAGAUCGUUUAAAUAUUAAAUUAUGUAUUUAUGCAACGGAUGAUAUAGAAAAAGUGAAACAAAUGUUGCCAAAAUUAAAAUCAAUUAAAGGAACUCUUGAACUUCAUGAAAUAUCAGCUAAUAGUGAUGGGUUAUUAACAGGAAAAAAACUGUCGGAUGAUUCAAACAUAGCAGUACGUAUAAAUUUAUUUCGUUGA